CUGAUCAUCAAAGGACUGUCACGCAUUGCAAAGGAAGAUUUGAAUGGCUGUUCGAUUUGGCAUGCCAUGUGAAGCUACUGGGUUUGGCCUGAUGCAUCGAAUGCUUGCUGGGCAUUGCUGUCCACAAGCGAUGUAAUGGUAAGAUGGACUUAAUACGCUGAGCGACAUAUCGAAUCACAUGCGAGGGUGCACUGGUGAACGUUCAUCGUGAACUACCUUUUCUCCUGAAUUAGUCAGGAUCGUCCUAUGUGCUUUGGGAGCUAGCCUAGAACCAAGCUCCGAGCCCACGAGGCUCACGGACCCUCUAGUAACAGCCUCGUUCAGUCAACGUGUUGCAUGCACCCUUCAAGUGAUCAAGUCCUUCCUGACCUGCUCAUUUGACUGUACCGUCUUCGUUUUCACCAGGUAGUUAUUCGAAAUCAACACCAAGAUCAUGGCACACCCUGUCCUAUGGAAAGGGACAACGUUCUUCUAUCCUAUUGGCAAUACAUCUGCAGUUUGCCUCACACAGGAUCUUUGCCCAUCUGAAAAAGCAGAUGUGCUGCUUCUUGGAUGCGGCGACCCGAGGCAUAUCCUUUACACCGUAUAUACAAACAGCACGGGCUUGCAAGCAUCACGAAAACUGGAUUUUACUUGCUGCGACAUUGAGAGUGCAGUCAUCGCUCGUAAUGUUAUCUUAUUCAGUCUCCUUGCCGAUGAAGACGCUGUGCAGAAAGUGCCGCAAAUUUGGAACAUCUUUUUCCACUUUUAUCUCGACAAAGCUUCCCAUGACCUGCUCAUAUUGCAGUGCAGGAAGUUGGUCGAGCUAUCCAGCGAUCUGGAUAGUUGGCACAAUGGUCCUUACGGACAUUUCCUUCGUAUGUGCACUAGAGAUACUCUCGCUGAGCUGCGGCGCCUUUGGCAGCUCUACGUCAAGACGACGACUUUCUCUCCUAGCAAGGCAAAAGGAUUUAAAUCCACAUAUGCUGCUGGUAUCAGGGCUUCCAAGGCGAAAUUCGGUCUCGUGUGUACAUCGAGCCGCGCAGCUGGCCCCCUGUCGAUGUAUGCGCUCAAGAUGGCGGGUGAUCACUACAACAUUUACUGGGAGACAGGCAUAUGCUCUGCCGUCCCUAAGAGACCUGCGGAGGUGUCACAUCCAAAUCCAACCUUAGCAUACUCCUUGGCUGGUGACAAAUUUGCAGUCCACUAUGGAACAGAUCCUCUCUCUUGCUUUCAUUUGGCUGAAGCGCUUGCGCCGGCUGUCGGAAACACUCACCAUCCAGAACAAGUUACUCUAACGGACGUGGUAAAUGUCUGCAAGACGCAGUUUUCCCGGUGGUGCACUUCAGUUUCCAAGGUCUUACGCAGCCAAGGUCCACCUUCAAGCCCGCUCAUCGUGCGUUGCUUUGUGGGCGACGCUCUGAGCUUGUGUCAAGCCUUUGGUUACUACAAUUCCACGAGAUCAGCAUCUACAUCGUUCCCUGUUGCUCCUUGGAAGCACGCGUGCAUCGCGUUUGAUCCUGACGCUUACGGAACUGGUACGCAGUCACCCGCGCCGACUAUGUUUAACAUCAUUGAUACUUCCAAUCUCCUUGAUCACAUCGGCAUGUUGAACAUCCUCACUGUUACUUCUCCUAUUCUUCAGCGAACUCCAUCUGCUACGUUGUACACGGAAGGUCUCUACGAUGGUAGUCCAAAAGACACGUUUCCACAGCAACUCUGUGGAGACAUUGCGACCAUUGGGCUACUCCUCGGCCUCGUUCCCGUAUCCUUCAUUUCGCAGUUCACGAACCGGUCAGGUAUGCAUGAGGACCUCAUGCAAAUCGUGAAAGAGCAUGCGACUCAGAACCACGAGCGCCUCGCUUGGAAGCUGCUCAGCGGGGCUGACAAAGAUGUGACUGAUCUUGACAGCCCCAUUGACAUCGCACCUGAGCAGCUUGCAGGCGCCCUCUUCAAUGUUUACCUCGACAUGUUUUAUUAUCAGAACAUGGCACGAAGUAUGACCAUGAUGAAGCGGACUUCGUCGUCAGUCAUAUUCUCUGACAUACAUUACCAUCGUCGUUCGUUCGCGGAGAUUUUGGGUGUCGUCCAAAGGAGGGUGAUCACAGACCCGUGGGCCCCGACCAUGAGCAUGCUUCAUGACAAGAUUUCGGGUGACAGGACCCUUGGGAUGGGGAGAAACUUUUAUCUAGAUCUCUGCUGCCAGCUGCACAUUCUCGGCCUUUUCACCGCGGAUUUUCUAUCUCUACCGAAGGUACAGGAGGUGCAUCGCCUUUCGAGGUCUAUUGUCCUUCAAAAUUGGAAAACGCUUCCGCAAACUGUCUGUGUUGUCCUCAUCGUGCCUCGGGAUCGCCUCGAACCACUCUUACCUGCUCUCGACCAGGCUGGAAGAGUUGUGUUGCAGUGUGAAGUGAAGGGGGCAGCAACCUUGCAAACAUUCUCUUGCAUCAACACCGUUUUUGGAACCAUCAAGAUCAGUGGCAAGGGCGAUGUCAAAACUGCAGCAAUUGAGGAAGACGCCACUGGACGAUAUGGAACUUCCCCUCUCGUGGUGUGGUUCUGGGUGCCUUCCGCUGUGCUGAUGAAUGGGUCUCAUCACACGGUCACAUUGUCUGUUCUCUCCAACCCAGCAACUUGCUUCUCACUCGUCAGGACUCGGAAGCUGGGACCUGACCUUGCCUUAUUCAGUGCGGACAUGGGAGAUGAACAAUUCAUGCACAUCCUGCGACAGCGUCCUGAUGCUGCCCCAGAGAGUCUUGAAAAGAAUGUGCAGAUUGGCGGUCGUCUCAUGAAGACGUCUGGCGCAUGCACAUUUGUCACGUUGGACAAAGAAUGCAAGAAACCUCUGACAUUCACCACUCGUGUGGAUAUCGUUGAACCAGAAAUGAAAGCUUCUCUGGCCAGUGGCGCUUCGCCUACUGUGAACCAAGUUUCUAUGCAUUCAAUCGCCAUCGUUCUUGGAGACAAGUCCUUGCAAUUGCCUUUCCCACUUCCCGUCGAUGCCAAGAAUGUCAAGCUUCGCAUUGCACGAAAGUCAUUGUAUAUUGAAGUCAUCUUGCCCCUGAAACUUGCUCUUGGAGGGACCGAUCUAAUGGACAUGUUCCCUGUCAUUCCGCAAGGAGGCGAUCUCGCUCUCUGGAGCGUGCACCGCGUCAACCUCGACCAAUGUGUGCCUUUCAGCAUUGCCAACAAAAAAGCUCUCAGUUGGAUCGACCUUCAAAUUGUCCUCAUGUUUUCUGAGCGUGAAACACGCAUUCCCAGGGGUUUGACGACAGGGUCCACUUUACUGGAUGUCAAACGUAAACUUCAAUUAAUCUUUCGGUACGCAAGCGGUAUCGCGGAUGGCAAACCCCCUCUAUGCUACGGCUUGCUGGAAGAACAUGCACUGCUUGUUAUAAUCUACAUAACGGAUCUCCGCUUGGACCUCGGCUCGCAUGCCAUGGUCGCUGAUGCCUGGGUGAUGCCGUCUUCUGCCUCGUCUAAGCAGGCCGAGGCUUUCAGGAAGGUUUCUAGAGAUGUUUUGUCUAGUAGCAAUAUGAAGCAGUUCGUGAUAGGUGUUGAAGAGAGGAAGGCAUGGAUGCACCUCCUCGUGGCCGCAACGGAGCGGUGCCGUACCUGGGAGCACAAGACCAACUGCGAGUAUCGCGUCCAAGGAGCUAUCCCUCUCACUUUUGAGCCAGAUGAGAGUCCUAUUUGCUCUUGCGGCGCAGGGGUGGGAGCAGAGGCGUUUGUGAAGAAAUAUCCAACACUUCACCCGCUUGGGCCGCAUGUAACGAGGGCAGCGAUCAGUCCGGUGUUCGCGCUGUCCUACAUGGAAAGGGUCGGUAAUCUGGAAGAUACCACUGCUACGGAGACCCCAUCAACGCCUGCGUCAGCAGCAGCGGUGCGUCAUAUGUGCGCCGCUUGUGGAAAGGAAGGGGGUGGUCCUGGAUUGUUGAUUUGCAGCCGGUGCAAGGUUGUGCGGUAUUGCUCACAGGGUUGUCAACGCGAGGACUGGAAGGCGCACAAGAAGAGUUGUGUAGCACCAUCUUCCUAGAUCGUUCAUCACGAGUAGAUAUGAUGUCAAUUGUUUUAUUCUGAAUUCAUGGACGAUUGAUGUGUUGCUGCUAUGAUAGUCUUGUUAGGCCAUCGCGUCAUGCCAGUGUAGG